AUGGAAGCCCAAGGGAGAGGCCAGCAGGGGAAGCCAAAGAAGGGGCGCCUUUGCAGCAGCCUCUUUCCUGAGAGAUACCCAGCCGCUGGGACUCUGACUUCCACAGUGGACAUGAGCACUCAACCAUACAGGAGGCUCCCUGGGGCAGGAGUGGGGAGACUGAGGCUUUCCCGGCAAGGAGGACAGAAAGGUCACCCACACCCCAGGCGCCGCCACCGCACCACCUUCAGCCCAGCACAGUUGGAACAGCUGGAGUCAGCCUUUGGGAGGAACCAGUAUCCUGACAUCUGGGCCCGAGAGGGUCUUGCCCAGGACACGGGCCUCAGUGAGGCAAGAAUCCAGGUCUGGUUCCAGAACCGCAGAGCUAAGCAACGGAAGCAAGAGCGGUCAUUGCUCCAACCACUGGCCCAUUUGUCUCCUGCCACCUUCUCCAGCUUCCUGUCUGAGUCCCCUGCUUGUCCCUACUCCUAUGCAACACCACCCCCACCAGUAACCUGCUUCCCUCACCCCUACAACCAUACCCUUCCCACCCAGCCCUCCACAGGUGGUUCAUUUGCUCUACCCCACCAGUCUGAGGACUGGUACCCCACCUUGCACUCGAGCCCCUCUGGUCACCUGCCUUGCCCCCCACCCCCACCCAUGCUUCCCCUCAGCCUGGAGCCACCAAAGUCCUGGAACUAAG